AUGUCCGCACAUUUGUUAAUGUUGUCGGGUAUCGGACCAAAAGAUCAUUUAACCGAUUUAGAAAUCAGUCCCGUUUGGGUCGAUUUGCAAGUCGGUACCUCAUAUCAGAACAGACCGGCCAUUAACUUGCAAUACGCUAUUACUGACCAGAGUCUUGUCGGCAAAUUACCGAUGAAUACUGACAACCAGAUCGAGGACUGUGUUGUUAACGGCAACGGCCCGAUGUGCGACCGUAUUCUGGUUUUAUAUAAUUCAAAAAUAAAUUAUCCGAAAGAGUUUGUAGAUAUUAUAAACUUUAUAACACUGUCGCCGCCGGUCGCUGGCAGUAACGUGAGUGUUGGUCACGCCUUUACGUUUAUUGCCAAAACUAGAGCGAUGGGCACUAUACGACUGAGGUCUAACAACUAUCGGGAUUUGCCAUACGUUGAUCCCAAUGUUUUGGGUCAUCCGGAGGACAGGACCCGUAUGAUGGACGCUAUCGCCAAGUUUUUCUAUCAUCUGGAAGAGACAUCUUUCAAAAAGUAUGCCUCAAUACCGGAAAAACCACAUAGUUCUGAGUGUGAGUACUGUAAGUCAGGUCCCCAAUGGAAGUGUCCUGAACUGCACGAAUGUCUGUUCCGGACUCUGGGUAUAACAGAGUUUCAUCCAUUGGGUGUCUUACCGUUUGGUGGACCCAACCGUAUAGAAGCGGUACUCGACGAACGUCUACGAGUCAGAGGUGUCGGUGGAUUGCGUGUGGCCGACGCUUCCGUACUGCCAGUUGGCUAUACCUUUACACCGAAUACUGGUCCCGCUUAUGUGGUUAUGAUGGUCGCCGAGAAAGCUGCCGAUAUGAUCACUGAGGACAACAAAAACUAA